CUCUGGCUCAGAUCUGAACUUUGGCCUCAGCUGGCACAUCUGUACAACCUGUGCAUAUAUAAAGGAAGCCACAGACUUGAACUUACAAGACCUGAACAGGGUGGUUCAUGACAGAUGCGCUUGGAGAUCGCUGAUUCAUAGGGUCGCCAUAAGUCGUAGUUGACUUGGAGGCACAUGACAACAACAACAACAGAGAGGGAAGCCAAUUAAAUGAGCUACAGGGAAUUCCAGCUAACAAAGCAUUAAGGUGAGCGACUAGAGGGGAGAUCUUGAGAUGGAGAACGAGAUCAAGGAGGGAGGCAUCCAAAAGAGGAAAUGCUAUAGUAAUAGGUGACUUCAUCUACCAUCACAUGGACAUGUGUCUUCCAGUCACAAGAAAGAGGACUCCGCCAUGGUGGUCCUACACUACUACCAGCGACCCAGCGAGGCAGACAGUGGUCUCAGCAGACUUCUGCGCUCAGCCCAAGGUGUCUUGGGCAAUGACAUCCUGGCGAUACAGAAGGAAUUGUGCUUCAAUGUGAACUGGACAGGAGAAACACCCCCAAACUCCCAGGAAACUGAGAUGCUGUUGUGGAUCUUUGGUUGCCCCUUCGAAGACGGUGACAUUGCAACCAAGUCUUUCCUUAGCCCAUCUCCUUCCGAUCUGCUGAUAGAGAUCGGCCCCCGGUUGAACUUCUCAACUGCAGCUUCCACAAAUGCGGUGUCAGUGUGCUGGGCAGCUAGACUGGAAAAGAUUGACCGGAUUGAAUGUUCCCAUCGAUACCUCUUCAAGUGUGGCCAGUGCCCAACAGCAUCCCAGGAGGCCUCCCUAGUAUCUACGCUGCAUGACCGGAUGACUGAACAGUGUUACCCAGAACCCAUCAGCAGCUUCACUAUAGAAACACACCCUGAGCCUGUGUUCCAUGUUGAUAUUCUAGGGGAAGGGAGACCUGCUCUGGUCAAGGCCAACAACCAGCUCGGUCUGGCUUUUGAUUCCUGGGAUCUGGAUUUCUACACUGACCUCUUCAAGAAACUUGGGAGAAAUCCUACCAGCGUGGAAUGCUUUGAUCUAGCUCAGUCAAACAGUGAACACAGCCGGCACUGGUUUUUUAAGGGGCGCCUCCUGGUAGACGGGCAGGAGCUCAAGGAGUCACUGUUUGAGUCCAUCAUGAAGACUCAGGAACGGAGCAACCCGAACAACGUCAUCAAAUUCUGCGACAACAGCAGUGCGAUCCAGGGUAGGGAGGUCCUUUCACUGUGGCCCAGCGACCCAUCUCGCGCCAGCCCCUUCGAGAAGCGGACUUCUACUCGGCAUGUCAUUUUCACAGCCGAGACCCACAACUUCCCCACUGGGGUUGCCCCCUUCAGCGGUGCCACCACAGGGACUGGCGGGCGGAUCCGGGACGUGCAGUGCACAGGCCGUGGAGCCCACGUGAUCGCUGGCACAGCUGGCUAUAGCUUUGGCAAUCUGCUUAUCCCAGGUUACUCGUUACCCUGGGAGGAUCCAUCCCUGCCAUAUCCUGACAACUUUGCCCGGCCUGUGGAAGUAGCCAUUGGAGCUAGUGAUGGUGCUUCAGACUAUGGCAACAAAUUUGGAGAACCUGUGUUGGCAGGGUUUGCACGCUCUUUUGGGCUGCGCCUGGCAGAUGGGGAGCGGCACGAGUGGAUUAAGCCUAUCAUGUUCAGUGGUGGCAUUGGGGCGAUGGAAGAUGUGCAUGUCCGUAAAGAGGCUCCACAGCCUGGUAUGGAUGUAGUGAAGGUUGGAGGCCCUGUCUAUCGAAUUGGUGUUGGUGGAGGAGCUGCUUCCUCCAUCCAGGUGCAAGGCGACAAUGCCAGCGAGCUCGAUUUUGGGGCGGUGCAACGUGGCGAUGCCGAGAUGGAGCAGAAGAUGAAUCGGGUGUUGCGGGGCUGUGUGGAGAGUGGAGAAGGCAAUCCCAUCUGCAGCCUGCACGAUCAGGGGGCUGGAGGCAAUGGGAAUGUGCUUAAGGAGCUGAGUGAGCCAGCCGGGGCCGCGAUCUACGCCAGCCGCUUCCAGCUGGGAGAUCCUACGCUGAGUGUCCUGGAGAUCUGGGGAGCUGAGUACCAAGAAUCAAAUGCCCUCUUGCUACGCCCUCGCCAUGCAGACUUCCUGCGCCGCCUGGCCCGCCGGGAGAGGUGCCCUGUCGACUUCGUAGGCAAGAUUACAGGCGAUGGACGGAUCGUGCUCAUUGACGACACAGAAGUUCCCGCAAGCAACACUGAGCUGGAGAAGGCAGAAAUUGCAGGAAGAGUUACUCCUGUGAACUUGAUGCUGGAAUGGGUUCUUGGGAAGAUGCCGCCCAAGGAAUUUGUUUUGAAUCACAUCCAUCAAGCCCUUAGGCCUCUGGAUAUUCCUCACGACCUUAGUGUGGUGGAUGCCCUCCAGCGUGUGUUGAGGCUACCAGCCGUGGCUAGUAAACGUUACCUGACAAAUAAGGUUGAUCGUUCAGUGACAGGCCUGGUGGCCCAGCAACAGUGUGUGGGUCCCCUCCACACCCCACUGGCGGACGUUGCUGUGGUGGCCCUCUCCCCCUUUGAGACAGUGGGAGGAGCCACAGCCCUUGGGGAGCAGCCUAUCAAAGGGCUCAUCGACCCUGCAGCUGGUGCCCGAUUGGCUGUGGCAGAGGCCCUCACCAAUCUGGUCUUUGCGCGUGUCACUGGCCUUAAGGAUGUGAAGUGCAGCGGGAACUGGAUGUGGGCAGCUAAGUUGCCAGGCGAAGGGGCAGCCUUGGCAGAGGCCUGCAGGGCCAUGUGCUCCGUGAUGGGUGAACUGGGCGUGGCUGUGGACGGAGGCAAGGAUUCCCUCAGCAUGGCGGCCCGUGUCGGCAAGGAGACCGUUAAAGCACCUGGGACCCUUGUUAUCUCAGCUUAUGCUGUCUGUCCAGAUAUUACCGCCACAGUCACCCCUGACCUCAAAUGUCCAGAUGGAAAAGGUACUCUGCUUCACGUGGCGAUCAGUCCCGAUCGACAUCGCCUUGGGGGCAGCGCACUGGCUCAGUGCUUCUCUCAACUGGGAGAUCUUUCACCAGAUCUGGAUAAUCCCAGCAUGCUUGUUUUCUGCUUCCAAGUCACCCAGAGUUUGCUACAAGACUCGGUGAUUUCUGCAGGGCAUGAUGUGAGUGACGGCGGACUCUUGACUUGCAUGCUAGAGAUGGCCUUCGCGGGGAAUUGUGGUGCCCACAUAGAACUGGGGGCACCUGGAGUCAAUGCUCUUAAUGUGCUGUUUGCUGAAGAGGUGGGGCUGGUGCUGGAAGUGCCCCGAACAGCGGCGGCCGAUGUCUGUCGACGAUACCGGGAGGCUGGAGUGAGGUGUGUUCCUGUUGGGUAUUCAGGCCCCCGUGGCCCUAAUGCGAUGGUCCGAGUCACCGUCAACGGCCAGGAAGUUCUGGCGGAGAAAGUGGCCACUUUGCGAGGCUGGUGGGAAGCCACAAGCUUCCAGCUAGAGCGGCUGCAAGCCAACCCAGAGUGUGUGGCCCAAGAAGAGGCGGGACUGACCAAGCGCAUGGAACCCAGCUACACCUUGACCUUUAACCCCCAGGAAGAACUUCCCCUGUUACAGGAAAUGGCCCUUCCAGCUCCCCGUGUCGCCAUCCUUCGUGAGGAAGGGAGCAACGGGGACCGUGAAAUGGUGGCUGCGUUCCUCAUGGCUGGGUUCCAGGUCUGGGAUCUCACCAUGCAAGAUCUGUGCUCAGGCGAGAUGACGCUGGACUCUUUCCGUGGCCUGGUGUUUGUUGGAGGGUUCAGUUAUGCAGAUGUUCUAGGCUCUGCCAAAGGCUGGGCGGCUUCUGUGACUUUUAACCAUAGAGCGCAAGCUCAGUUCCAGACAUUCCAUCAGCGCAAAGAUACCUUCAGCCUGGGCGUGUGCAACGGCUGCCAGCUGAUGGCCUUGCUAGGUUGGGUGGGGGUCGGGAGCCCAGACACCAGGGAUGUAGAUGGUGCCAUCCAGCCGGGGGUGCUGUUGAGUCCUAACAAUUCUGGCCGCUUUGAAUCACGUUUUGUAAGCCUGGGCAUUGAGGAGAGUCCAGCGCUAAUGCUGCGAGGCAUGGCAGGAUCCACCCUAGGCAUCUGGGUGGCGCAUGGAGAAGGUCGGAUGCGAUUCCGCUUGGCUGAAGUCCUGGCUCAGAUGCGCUCCUCCCGCUUGGCUCCGCUCCGCUAUGUGGAUGACCAGGGGCUGCCGACUGAGGAGUAUCCUCUGAAUCCCAAUGGGUCCCCUUUGGGCAUUGCAGGCAUUUGUUCUCCUGAUGGACGCCACUUGGCAAUGAUGCCUCACCCAGAGCGAUGUGUCCUUCCCUGGCAAUGGGCCUGGAUGCCCACCGGCUGGCGCCAGUCUGUGAAGGUCUCCCCAUGGCUCCGCAUGUUCCAGAAUGCCUGUGAAUGGUGUUUGCAUUAUCCCGAGGGCCAGCCUUGACUUUGCAUUCCCUUCCUUUUUUAAAAAAACAUUCUACACCCAUUCACAAGCUACACUCUACAACUAAUUAAGAGCUGGGCUAGAUCAGAUUAGACAGUGUGAUCCCUAGGCUGUGGAUAUAAAACUUUCUCGUGCCAUUGUCUUCAUCCAUAGCCUGGCUUCCUCCCCCGCAAGGUCCUGCUUGCUACUUUUUACUGAACUUAGAAGGUAUCAAGGAAGAAUUGAUGUGUAAUGCCUGCACUGAACACAGGAGGUCGAUAUUGUGCAAUAAUGAGUUGGUUUGUGCUGAUUUAAUUGUGGAACUGCUUGGGACCAAUGAAGGUUUUACAGUGGCAAUAAAUGCAAAUUUUACAUUAGAAA